CCAGCCGAGGUAAGCUGCCCAUUGCCGAAGCUCAUCGAAAUUCUUCGCUCACCCCGAAAAAUUGACGAAAUUCUGAGUGUCAGAAAUGAUGGGUAUGGCCCACCAGUGACUUGAACUUGCGCCCCACACAUUGAGAUCCAGAGAGAGAGAGAGAGAGAGAGAGAGAGAGAGCUAUGGAUCCCAAAGGAGGUGUCCAAGAGCAUCCUUCUUCUUCUUCCUCCUCGUCCACCUGGGCUGGUCAGCUACAAAAAGCCGUCAAUUUGAACAAACGCCACCACGCCCACGUGGAUCCGGGUCAGGAUGACACCUACCUCAUGGCCAAUGCGGUAAACAGUGAGCCCGACUCAGGUGAAAUGGCUUUGAGUGGGCGGGGUGCGACUUUGGGAGCCAAGAAACCCCGGGAAAUGCCCAUGGACGAAGAGGACAACGAUUCGGACUAUACGGACUUUGAAGACGAACUCGAUGAAUUCACCGUUCCCGGUGACAUGGACGAUUACUUGGAUGAUAUGGAUGAAGCCGUGGAUGACGACCAACAGAGUACGACCUCGACUAAAACCACCAUGUCCACUGGUUCGGUGGGUUCCAAUACCCCCUCCUUGGUGGGCGAGAAUCUCGAGAAUUUCUCGUUGGGUGAAGGUGGCAAUGAAACCAAGAAUCGGAUCGGCAUCGGCGGACCCUUGGUCAAAAGCACGGAACCGCCGCUCAAGCGAAGUCUGUUUUCCCACGUCCCGCCCAGUAUCAAUUUUGUGCAUCACAACGAGGUGCCGGAGACGCCUUUGCCCGCAGAUUUGCGGAAGAACCUCCGCUGGAAACUAAGCACCAUCACACCCGCUGUUGUCAAAAAGGUGGUGACGAACUCAGGAUUUCGAUUGAUGCGGAAGACUUGCUCUGAAUGGGGAGGUACUUGGGGCAAGCACAUGAAGAGCCCACUCUUCAAGGAUCUCAACGAGACCCAAAAGAUCAACCACUUUCCCGGUACCUUCAAUAUCGGCCGCAAAGACAGGCUAUGGAAGAAUUACCAUAAGUUGCGGAGCAAACACGGCAAGGGCGAAUUUAGUUUCCUGCCGCGAACCUUUUGCCUUCCGGCUGAUACGAAAAUCUUACGUAAAGUGUGGGAAAAACGUGGAAUCAAAGCCAAAUGGAUUGUCAAACCUCCAGCUAUGGCUCGAGGAACGGGCAUUAAGGUAGUGAACAAAUGGAACCAGAUUCCCAAGACUCGCCCACUCAUCGUUCAACGCUACAUCGCCCGACCUCAUUUGAUCAACAACACCAAAUAUGACCUUCGAAUUUACGUGCUCAUGACCAGUUUGAAUCCGCUCCGCAUCUACCUCUAUGACGAGGGUUUGGUUCGCUUCGCCUCCAACGUCUACAACACUGAUAGCAGCUCGUUGGCCGAUGUGUUCAUGCAUCUGACCAACUACAGCAUCAACAAGAAUAGCACCACGUACAUCCCCAAUGAAGAUUCCGAGGCUCGCCACGGGCACAAAUGGACGCUCGGAUCCUUGUGGCAGUACUUUGCCGAGGUGGGAAUCGAUCACAAACCCGUGUGGGAUCGGAUCAAGGACAUGGUCAUUAAAACCAUCAUCUCCGCCGAGCACUCCAUGACCCCGCUGAACCGGGCGAAUCUGAGUUCGCAUUAUUGCGGCUAUGAGUUGUUCGGUUUUGACGUGCUUCUGGACGCUGAUCUCAAACCUUGGCUGAUCGAGGUGAACAUCUCGCCCUCGCUGCACUCUUCCUCGCCUCUGGAUCUGGAUGUCAAAAGUCCCCUGGCCACGGAAGUGUUCAAUAUCGUCCGCUAUCACGUGCCCAACAAAAUCCCGGCCAAAUCCCAGAGGGCCAUUCUCAAAAAGCUCCACAUGGAGGACUUGUCGACCUUGUGUCUCGAGCCCAAGCUCUACACGCGUGACUUGUCCAAGGCCGACAAGGCCAAGCAGAACCGAAUGAUGGCCUUCGCAGAGGACCGGGAUGCAUAUUUGGAUCCCAUCCUUGAGCGACUUACACCCGAUGAUGUUCGAUAUUUGAUCCGAGCCGAAGACGAAUUUGCGCAUCUCACGCACUUUUCGCGCAUCUUUCCCACCCAAGACAGCCACAAAUAUUUCAAGUACUUCCAAAGCCCACGCUAUCACAACAUGUUGUUGGAUGCGUGGGAACACAAGUAUGGGGAUUGUCGAGUGGCCGGGAUUGACCGUUUGGAGCAGCUUUGCCAAGAGAAGGUUCACAUCAAAGUGCCCAGUGCCAACAACAAACAAAUCGACGUCUCUGUUCUCAAGGGUCCAACGAGUGACGUGGCCACAACCAAAGAUCUCACGGAGACAUCCUUCGCCGGUUUGAAGGCCACUAAGAGAGCCUCGGUUGUGGCCAAACCUCUAAAUGUGAAGCCUAAUUUUUGCCCCAUUUCCUUGGGUCGGAGUAAAACCUUGUCCUCAGUGCAGAAGUCGUUGGGUUUGUCAUCGCCUGAACCCAUGUCCAUGGACUCUGAUGAUAAGUCCCGAUCCCCCAGUCCCAGAGAAUCUCGAGGGAAAUCCUGUCCCAAUGAACUGCCGAGUAAUCAGACCACCGUGAUGGAUAAUAAUGACGCAUUGCCUUUCAAUGGUCCUGCGACUGAAGCCCUUUCAAGCAAUAAUCUCAACUAUCGUUCUAGGGAAGAUGACAACACAAAGCCUUGUAUCAGGAUCGACUUGGAACUUUCAUCGUUCCAAUUCAAAACUUCACCGUCAUCGCCUCCGACCUCUUGAACUUUGAACGACAUUCAUACUUCCUGAUUCCUUAGCUACCAACCAUUUCUAUAAGUCUAGGAAUUUCUCGCCCCCCUCCCCCGCCCCCCACCAGAACUAAAACUACUAUGAGUCAACUCUUGCUCAACUCUUGCCAAAAUUGGGUCCAGAAGCGCCAGUGGCGUCUUUUAACAGAACACUGGACUUGUCGAAGGGCGAUAAUAAAAGCAAUUCUUCUCAUUCUCUUUUGGCAAAA